AUGCUGGAAGGCCUUGUUGCGAACCUGUUGAACAGGUUCCUGGGCAUGUAUGUCAAGAACUUUGAUGCAAAGCAGCUCAAUGUUGGCAUUUGGUCAGGCGACGUGAAGCUACGGAAUCUUGAAUUACGCCGCGAGGCUCUAGACCAGCUUCACCUCCCUCUCGAUGUUAUUGAAGGCCACCUUGGUCAACUUACACUGUCGAUACCAUGGUCAAACCUGAGAGGAAAGCCAGUCAAAAUUGACAUUGAAGAUGUCUUCCUGUUGGCGGCACCCAAGGAGGACGCUAGUUACGAUCCAGAUGAGGAGAAGAGAAGAGAACACCAGAUAAAGAUGGAAAAGCUUGAAAGCGCCGAACUGCUCAAGGAUCAGCGCGGGAAUGGCAUGAGCAAGGAAGAUCAGCUAAAGAACCAGAGCUUCAUGCAGAGCCUUGUCAAUGCUAUUGUUGACAACAUACAAGUUGUCAUAAAGAACGUGCACUUUCGGUAUGAGGACGCGAUUGCUGUUCCUGGACACCCGUUUGCCGCAGGAAUUACACUCAAGGAACUUAGUGCAGUGAGUACAGACUCACAGUGGAAGCCUACUUUUAUCCAGUCAACUUCCGAGACAAGCCACAAACUCGCAGUUUUAGGAGCCCUGGCAGUUUACUGGAACUCGGAUGCGGAGCUGUUUAGCAAAGGAUGUAGCACCGCUGACCAAGUCGAUGCUGAAACUGUCUCUCAUGAAGAACUGGCUGAUAAAUUUCGUAACGCAAUUGACUCUGGGGAUGGUGGCCAAUAUAUACUGAAACCAGUCAGUGGAAAGGCUGGACUUGAGCUGGACAAAACAUUAAGCGCCGAGCGACCCCGGGCGAAGGCAAGGUUGAUUUUUGAUGAACUCGGUUUUGUGCUCGACGAUAGCCAAUAUCGCGAUGUUUUGAUGCUAUUUGACCUUUUCCACUCGUUUAUUCGGCACCGUGAAUAUAAAAGACUGCAACCUAAGUGCCGUCCAAAGGAUGACCCUCGUGCUUGGUUUCAAUUUGCUGGCAAUGCUGUCCUUAGUAAAAUCCAUGAACGGAAUCGGAGGUGGACGUGGGAAUAUGUUAAAGAACGAAGGGACGACCGCAUAAAAUAUAUCGAAAUCUUCAAAAAGCAAAAGGGAAACACAGCUCUCACUCCCGAGGAAGCUGCAGAUCUCAAGAAGCUGGAAGAGAAGUCAUCAUAUGAGGAUCUUCGAUUCUGGCGCUCCUUAGGCCGUCAUCAACUCAGAAAAGAACACGUCGUGGCUCCGAAACAACCCCAGACUCAAACAUGGUCCGAAUGGAUUUGGGGCUCGAAAAAGGAGGCAGCUGAUGAUGAGAGUACAAUGACAGAUGAGCAACGUAAAGAGCUAUAUGAUGCUAUUGAUUGGGAUGAGAAGAAAGCAAUCACCCAGUCUAUCGACAUACCUAGAGAAUCUGUGAAAUUUUUGGUUGAGUCUCGCCUUAGGGCCGGCAGCUUCACACUAAACAGGAAUCGCAAUGGUACAAUUGAGGAGCUUUUGAGACUGGUAUUUGAUAAUUUUAGUGCAAAGGCACUCCAGAGACCGGAUUCGUUUCUUGCUCAGAUUGAUCUUGGAGGCCUGCGGUUGUUUGAUAGCACGACGCCUGGCACACUUUUCCCUCAGAUCGUUUGUGUGAAGGAUGCCGUUUCUCAAAGCGACAGCGAUAAUUCGGAGUUGGAAUUUUCAGAAUCCGACUCAGAGGUCGAUAGUGAUGUGACGGAGACCAGCUUUUUCCAUCUACAAUUUGAAAACAAUCCUCUAGAUGGGUCAGCAGAUUCGUCUCUCAUCUUGAAACUUAAGAGUAUUGAGGUGAUCUACAAUCCUGAGGUAUUGGUUGAAAUAGUCAGCUUUUUCCGACCUCCAGAACGACAUAUGGAAUCUAUUGGUGCACUUCUGGAAACUGCCGGUGCUACCGUCGAGGAACUUCGGCAGCAAACCCGCGCCGGGUUAGAAUUUGCGCUGGAGGAGCACAAGACAAUCAAUGCGCAACUCGAUAUCCAAGCACCCGUCAUCAUAAUCCCGGAAAGUAUAAAAAAUGAGAGCUCAUUUUGCUUGAUUUUGGAUGCCGGAAAUGUCUGUGUAAGCAGCGAGCUUGUCGAUAAGGAGACAAUGAAGAUGAUACAGGGGAAACAUGGAGCAGAAUAUAGCGAAAAAGAUUAUGAACAGCUCCAAAGUCUGAUGUACGACAGGUUUUUGCUAAAGUUGAACUCGACGCAAGUGUUGAUCGGCCCCGGGAUAGAAGCAACCAAAGCACAGUUGGACCCAGCCUCCGAACACAAACAUUUCCAUAUAAUUGAUAGGAUUAACGUGGAUUUUGUCUUCGAGCUUUGCAUUGUUCCCAAGUCAACGGACCUUACUAGGACACGUCUGUCUGGUCGCCUGCCAGAACUACAUGCUUCAAUGUCAGACGCAAAAUAUAGGAAGUUGAUGAAGCUAAUUGAUAUUGCAAUUCCACGAUUUGAGAAUGAUGAUCAGGUGUCCAACGACGAGGUUCCUUUAAAGGGAGCCGUUGACACCCGUCCACGGUCAACCUCUGUACAGCUAAAAAAUCAAGACAUCACUAUUGUCGAACACGACUCUGAAUCGGAUUCUGAGAGUAGUAGUGGCGAGUCGUCUCAAAAGCAGAAAAAGAAGCCAAUCAAUAUUCAGCAGCGGAUAUUUGAAUUUAAUUUUACUGUCGACACGCUUAGGGGUUCACUCUAUCGGUCAGACCCCAAAGAUGAGAAGAAUAACACCCUGCUGGUGGAACUUGUGGCCGAACAUUUUCAAUUGGAUUAUUAUCUCCGUGCUUAUGACAUGGUUGCUGAGGUUGUUCUUAAGUCUCUUUCCGUGGAUGAUCAUAUUGAGCAAGAUGCCUCUUCGGAAUUCAAGAAAAUUAUUUCUUCAAAGGGAUUUAAUGCUACAGAGGGUAAAGAUUUGUUCCAGCUCAAAUUUAUUCGAGUGAAUCAGAAGUCACCUGAAUUCCUGGAGGUUUACGAUGGCACGGAAAUGAACUUAGAUCUUUCAGUCUCUACAAUUAAUCUCAUAGUCACGAGGAGGACUCUUUUGACAUUACUUGACUUUGUUCUCGUGACAUUUACCAAUCAAGGGCAGGAUACUUCGCAACAAGUGUCAGAUCAGAAGCAGCCAGAGUCAAGUGGUGAAGAUAGUGCUCAAACAACUCGCAACUCAGGAAAAGUGCGCAUCAAGUCCAAGCUGGAAAGCAUUGCCUUAAUUUUUAACGAAGAUGGCGUUCGCCUGGCAACUCUCAGUCUCAAUACGGCUGACGUUGGGGUAUUUGUGGAUGGCGAUUCUCUUACCGUCACUGCUAGAAUGGGGAGCCUCACGAUGUUUGAUGACAUAAAUGAGAACGGAACGAGGCUCUUAAGCAUAGAGGGCGACGAUUUUGCCGAUUUCCGUUAUCAGACAUUUGAUCCUCAACAACCUGACUACCCUGGUUUCAGCUCGGAGGUGAUGCUUCGGUCCGGCUCAAUCAAAAUAAAUUUUAUUGAGGAACCAUAUCGAAGACUUCUUAACUUCCUUGUAAAGUUUGGAAAGAUGCAGGCCAUAUUCAAUGCCGCUCGUCAGGCCGCAGCGAACCAGGCUACCCAAAUACAGGAAACUGCCUCUCUAAUGCGAUUCGACAUAGUUGUCAUGACACCCAUCUUGGUAUUUCCACGCAUUACUGAAGAUGGCGGCCCCAGAGACUUUAUUACUGCACAUUUAGGAGAGAUAUACGCCAAAAACAAAUUUGAGCCUCUACAAGGAAACGAAAUAUCGGCCAAUAUCAACUGCAUCUCUGCUGGCAUUAGACACAUCCGCUUGACAUCUAAUUUUUACUACUCGCCUGAACAUUCUGAAGAGCUGCAGAUGAUUGAAGGGGUUGACCUAGAUUUUAACAUUCAAUACUUAGCACAUCAAGUGAAUAUCUCUAGACCUGAUCUCAAGAUUGGGGGUCAAAUGUCACCCAUCAACCUGAGAAUAUCUCAGACGCAGUUGAAGUUUCUACUUGAGCUCUCAAAAACAAUCCCAGCAGCGUUAACUCCUGAUAAAGAUCAGCAAGAGCAGGAAGCUAUUGAAGAGCUUCCCGACCUUGCUGGUGACGAGGCACAAUCAGAUAAGAAAAUAGAUGAAGCUCGACCUGACCAAAAAACGCCAGCAGGGUCUCCAGGGAAUGGACAGAAGCCGGAAAUUUGGACCCAGCUUGACUUGACAUUCAAGGUUGAUACACUUGGCCUUGAACUGAUUCUUGCAAAAGAGAGCGAACCGCUUGGUUCCUUAGACAGUGCCAGUCUCUCGAAGUUUUUCCUUAGCAACACGAACGUUAAGUUACAGAUGUUAAGUGACGGAUCUCUGGAAAGCGAACUGAUAAUCUACUCAUUUAAUGUGCGAGACAGCCGCAGGAAUGAGACUAACAAGUACCGAAAAAUUAUGUCAUUAAUCAAUACUGACGUCCAACAGCAAUUCAUGGCUAGCAUCUCCAUGUCUGGUGGCACCGAACGGGCAGUCACUGCCGUGCUGACAAUUGAUAGUCCGCGUGUUAUCUUUGCCCUGGACUAUCUUUUUUCUCUGCAGUCAUUUAUUUCUGCAGCAUUUACGUCUGAAGAGCCUGCAGGGGAAUUGUCGGAGUUAUCUGACGACGAUAUUCAUGGUGCAGCUUUUUAUGAGCCCGCAAAAGAAUCUAACGAUAUAUCUUCGAGCUCUCCGGCUAUUAAAGAUGUGGACAGCUCGAUGCCAAUUUCUUUCCGGCUUAACAUCGUGGAUGCUCAAGCAAUUUUGGUGGCCGACCCAAGCAUUGUCAACACUGAGGCUAUUGUCCUCGGUACAAAGCAAAUACUAUUCUCUCAGCAAAAUGCGUCCACUCUACAGAUCUCUAAGGUCGGAAUGUUCCUCUGCCGAAUGGACAAGUUUGAGUCGAGUAGACUUAGAAUUUUGGAUGACUUCACUAUAGAGAUGUCUAUGGAUAGUCAGUCUAAAGGACGAGGCUGUAUGAUGACGAUGAUCGAUGUGCAUAUUGAUCCCUUAAUCCUUCGCUUAUCUCCGCGAGACAUUGUCCUUGCCCUCCAGAUCGUAAAUAAAGCUUCUGAAAUGACGAGUCCGUCUCCACCAGCAGAAAGCAAUGAAAAGAAGCAGAUAGCAGAAGGCAGCUCGAACACUUCCGCUAGGAGAAGGUCAAGAGGCCAGUCUAUUAGCGCUGGUCAAGUGAUUUCUCGCUCCAACUCUGCACCGAGUCAAAUAAUGCAACAGACAGCUAUAAUGAAGAAGGAGGAGAUGUCCAUUACGAUUGAUGGCAUGCGAGUGGUUCUUAUUGGUGAUCUACAUAUGCUUCCUCUUGUUGACUGGAGGGUAAACCCAUUCAGUAUGAAUAUUCGUGACUGGUCUGGCAACCUGAGUGCAGACACAUCAUUCGACACCCUUGUUAAUGUUUAUAAUUUCUCCAAAUCCGCCUGGGAGCCAUUAAUUGAACCCUGGCAGCUUGGUUUCCAUAUGUCAAAGGAAGUAUCUCCGAAUGUGCUGUCUGUUGAGGCCUACUCACAUAAGUCCAUGGAGCUCACGGUCACUUCUGCCACCAUUGCAUUACUAUCGAAGACAUUACAAUCAGUAUCAACGGAAGAAGACGUACUUUCGAAGCCGCGAGGUACUGAUGCUCCGUACAGAAUUCAGAAUCAUACGGGCUUUGACCUGAGAGUUUGGGCAGACUUUGGCAAUAACGAGGAAGGCCACGCUGCCCUGCUCACUGAUGGCGAGGAACGUCCUUGGAGAUUUGAGGACCCCAAUACCAUGCGAGAGAGCUUGGCUCCAGAGGGCAGAAUUGGCAUGGUUGGUAUUAAAUUAGAAGGCAGUGGGUUUGACAGUAUCAAUCAAAUCCCACUGAUCCGAGAAGGAGAGACUCUAUACAAUCUGAAACCGAAACAAGAUAAAACUUUGCACAGACUCCUUGUCGAAAUUAAGCUUGGGUCAGACUAUGUCAAGUAUAUCACCUUCAGGUCACCGCUCUUAGUCGAGAAUAAGACCCAAAUACCACUCGAGAUUGGAGUAUACAGCCCAGAAGACGGGCACCUGUUGAAGAUAGAAAAGAUUGCUCCUGGUGAUUCUCGGCCAGCUCCCGUUGGAGCCGCCUUCAUGCGAUCCCUCCUCGUUCGCCCCGACCAGGGUUUUGGCUACGACUGGUCGACUGAACGGCUCUUCUGGAAAGAUCUUCUAAAAUUACCAACCAAGACGCUGAAAUGCAACAGCGAAAAUGGACAGCAAGCGCCACCGUUUUAUUUCCGGAUGCAUGCCACUUUUGACAAGAACGAUCCUAUCCAUAAUGUCUAUCCGUACAUGCGCAUACGGCUUUCCGCACCUCUUGAGAUUCAAAACUUGCUCCCGUAUGAUUUUAAGUAUCGUAUUUAUGACAGAAACACACGAAAAGAUUGGACGAAUUUCCUUCGAAAAGGCGGUAUCAGCCCUGUUCAUGUUGUUGAGUUAUCGCAUCUUCUACUUCUCAGCAUAGACAUGCAAGAUACAGAAUUUCGUCAGUGCGAGUUCGCUAUAAUCAACAGUACCCCCCAUGAUGACUUUGGCAGGGAAAAUACACUUUCAAUCCAAGACGAUGCAGGAGUCGAGCUUAAGCUAAAGCUCCACUACUUUGCAAUUCCAGACAGCGGCGGAUCGUUUAAAGUCUCCGUCUAUAGUCCAUAUCUAAUAUUAAACAGAACAGGUUUAGAUAUCACCCUCCAGAGCAAGAGUAUGUUUCAAUCCUCAAGGGCCGGGGUAGGUAGAUUUAUCAAGACGGAUUCGUCGAGUGGAGUUAGAAAAGCCGUUCCGUACAUGUAUUCAUACCCAACGACGGAUAGCAAAAAUCGAUCUAUUAUAAAAGCUGAAGGCUCUUCGUGGAGUAAGCCUCAAAGCUUUGAGGCUAUCGGGAGCACAUUCGAAGUUGUCUUGCCGGCCUCGGGUUCCAAAACGGAAUAUCAUGCUGGAAUAUCUGUCGAAGAAGGCGUUGGUAAAUAUAAGAUUUCAAAGGUCGUUACAAUUGCACCCAGGUUCAUUCUCAACAACAAGCUAGGGGAAGAUCUCAUUGCUCGCGAACCAGGCUCUUCCAAUGUUAUUAGAUUAAAAUCUGGUGACUUGGUUCCCCUGCAUUUCUUACGACAGAAUGCCCAGAAACAGCUUUGUCUUGCUUUCCCUGAUCUCAACAACCAAUGGGCAUCCCCUUUCAACAUCUCAGAUGUUGGAAUCAUUUAUGUCAAACUCGCAAAAGAGAACCAGAGACAGCGGCUUCUAAGGAUUGAGAUUCUUUUGGAAUCUGCGACCAUCUUUUUGCACAUUAGCAUGGAAACCCAUCAUUGGCCAUUUUCAAUGCGCAAUGAAAGCGAUUGCGAAUUUCUUUUCUUUCAAGCGAACCCAAAUGUUGCAGAAGAUGAGGAGGACAGAGGGAGUGGCUGGAGACCAAUCCGGUAUCGCCUCCCGCCAAGGAGCGUUAUGCCUUACGCCUGGGACUAUCCAGCUUCAAAAAAUAAGACACUUGUGCUUGUUUGUCGUGGAAAAGAAAGGUACAUUAAGCUGGCAGAAAUUGGAAACUUGAUACCAAUGAGGGUUCCCCCAUUGCGGGAGGACGACCAACCGAAGAUAAUCGAUCUGCGAAACGAGGCCGAAGGGCCAACCCAGAUAUUGGUUUUAUCUAACUAUAAGCCGUCGAAAAGUAUAUACCGCCAACAAACACCAACAACAUCACAAAAUAGCUCUACGGGAUUUGAGGUUAAGGACGUCAAUACUGAUGUUACUUUCAAGGCACAGCUCCGACUAAGUGGGAUUGGUAUUUCAUUGAUCAAUAGGAAGCUGAAGGAGCUUGUAUAUGUCACCUUCCGUGAUAUAGAAAUCAACUUCAGUGAAUCAAAACUUUAUCAAACUAUCGGUACUACUAUAAAGUGGAUUCAGGUCGACAAUCAACUUUAUGGCGGGAUUUUCCCGAUCUUGCUCUAUCCCAGUGUUGUCCCAAAAACUGGAAGGGAAAUGGAGACUCACCCAAUCUUCAACGCGAGAAUUACUCGGGUCAAGGACGAUUCGUAUGGAGUCCUCUAUAUAAAGUACGCUUCGGUGCUGUUACAGCAGAUGACACUAGAGCUUGACGAAGAUUUUAUUUUUGCUGUUCUUGAUUUCGUAAAAGUUCCAGAUUUAACUUGGUCUGAUGACACCGAGACGCACUUUGGGGAAGAGUUUGGCAUCCCAGAACCUAAAGGCGAAGAUCAAGGGACAGGCGUAUACUUUGAACUGCUGCACAUACAGCCGAUGCAGCUCGAUCUGUCUUUUGUGCGCACGGAGCGUGUGAACGUUGAAGACCCGGUUGAAUCUUCUAAUCCUCUCAUGUUCUUCGUUAAUGUGAUGACAAUGUCUAUUGGGAACGUCAAUGACGCCCCAGUCCGACUAAACGCCUUGAUUCUGGAAAAUGCCAGGGUAUCAAUUCCAAUACUCAUUACCAAUGUUACUAGCCACUAUACUCAGGAUUUCUUGAGACAAGUGCAUAUAGUACUGGGCUCAGCUGAUUUCCUAGGUAACCCAGUUGGAUUGUUCAACACAGUGAGUUCAGGAGUUGUGGAUAUAUUCUACGAACCGUACCAAGGACUAGUAGCCGACCGACCCAACGAACUUGGCUUGGGAAUAGCCAAAGGCGCAACCUCUUUCGUCAAGAAGUCUGUGUUUGGUUUGACCGAUAGCCUCACCAAGUUUACUGGAAGCGUUUCCAAAGGGCUUGCCGCCGCCACCUUAGACAAAGAGUUUCAGGAUCAGAGAAGAAUGUCGAAGGCUCGAAAUAGACCUAAGCAUGCUCUUUAUGGCAUCACUGCUGGUGGAAGUGCGUUUGCAUCUAGCAUGGCGAGUGGCAUUGGAGGUCUGGCUCGCCAUCCACUAGAAGGGGCAGAGAGAGAAGGGUUUCAGGGUUUUAUGAAGGGCGUUGCAAAGGGUGUCUGGGGUCUAGCAACAAAGCCAGCAAUUGGUGCUUUUGAUCUUGCUUCAAAUCUUGCCGAAGGUGUUCGAAAUACAACCACCGUUUUUGAUCCGGAGGGUUUAGACCGCGUUCGGCUUACUCGUUUCGUUGGUAUGGACGGAAUUGUCCGGCCAUAUUCGCAGCGGGAGGCGCUGGGUCAAUUUUGGCUGAAGACCACCGACGACGGCAAAUACUUUAACGAAGAUUAUAUCGCGCACCUAGAAUUUACUGGCAAGGAUAUGCUCAUUCUAUUGACAUACAGCCGCAUCAUGCUCGUCCGAUCGAAAAAGUUGACAACAGAGUGGGAUAUCAAGUUGACUGACAUACAAAAAAUUUCGAAAGAGAGAACAGGGAUGAGCAUCACCUUGAAGGGUGGCGCAAACGGUCCAUUUAUUCCGAUACAGGAGGAAAGCUCGAGGAACUGGUUAUAUAAACAAAUUGCAAUUGCUGUAAAUGCUUUUAAUGAAAAAUACAGUGCCAAAGGAUAG